AACAUUUCCAUGUUCGAAGAAUGCGCGUCAUUCCGCUGUCAAAAAGGCCGUAUCCGUGGGCUGUGUCAGUUAUUUGCAGGCGUAAUUUGUUUUUACAUAAAAUGUCCGCGAAUUCCUCUCCAGGAAAAAGCGAUGGUGAGUCUUUGUUGUGUUUGCUGGAAAAGUUAUUAAACCAGGAUCACCAAUUUUUGUCUUCGAUUUUAGCUGAGGAUAAUAAUGGUGCCCCUAACCCGCCAAAUCCAAGUGAACAUUUAGGUUCUCGGAUUCGUGAUUUGGAUGUAGAUACUAUUCGAAGGUAUUUUGCUCAAAAAUUCGGGUUCUAUGAGCCUAGCGAACCAACUGGUGGUGUCGAAAAGGUUUUACAUGAAGUCAGUUUAGAUGGUGUUGUUAAAUGGAUGAAAAGCCCGCGAUGCCAAAAUGUUAUUACAUUAGCUGGAGCUGGUAUAUCAACAUCUGCAGGUAUUCCAGACUUUAGAAGCCCCGAGACUGGUCUCUAUCACAAUUUACAAAAAUACAAUCUUCCAGAACCACAGGCAAUCUUUGAGAUAAACUUUUUCAGACAAAAUCCUAAACCAUUUUUCACACUAGCAAAGGAACUGUUUCCUGGAAAUUUCAAGCCAACAAUUUCACAUUAUUUCAUUAGGCUUUUGCAUGAAAAAGGUCUAUUGCUUCGUCACUACACACAAAAUAUUGACACAUUAGAAAGAGGCGCUGAGAUCCCUGAUGAUAAAAUAGUUGAGGCACAUGGCACAUUUUACACAUCACAUUGCUUGGAAUGCAGAAAAUUGUAUAGUCUAGAAUUUAUAAAAGAACACAUAUUUUCCGAUGAGAUCCCCUUAUGCACAGAAUGCAGUGGAGUAGUCAAACCAGAUAUAGUAUUCUUUGGAGAAAGUCUACCAGAACGAUUCCAGAAUUGUCUACAAGAAGAUUUCCAGAAAUGUGAUAUGCUAAUCAUUAUGGGAUCAUCCUUGGAAGUCCAGCCAUUUGCAUCGCUGAUUGAUAUGGUACCCGAAUGGUGUCCCCGUCUCCUAAUAAACCGAGAGAAGGCCGGUAUGAGGUCUCCCUUACUCCGGAUGUGGGGCCUGGCGAGUGGGGGACUUCAGCUUGAUGAUGAUGCUGUCAGGGAUGUGGCAAGGCUUGGUGAUUGCGAUGAUGGAUGUGCUGAUCUGGCUGAAAGACUUGGCUGGGGGGAUGAGCUUCACGAGUUAGUUGCCAGCGAGCAUGAAAGGUUGGAACGCGAGGGCGCUCUCACUAAACCCCAUGGGCCAACAGUUGGCCACUCCGUGAAGCCGAUUAUUCCAAACGUUCCAAGUGGAAGCUCUGCCAUUCCGAGUGUGGUGAAAUCGCCGCCCAAUCCAACACCCAAAAUAUGAAAUUUCCCUAACUGGUAUUGCAUUUUUCGAAGGCAUUAGAUGUUCCACAGGGGAGAAUGGGGUUAACUUUAGAUAUAAAGCCCAUCCUCCUCUAUCUUGGUUUAAAUGUUGAUUAUAGGUAAAGAUCAUAAUUCCGUUGUAGAUAGCUUAUUUAUUUUUGUACUAUGUAGAUUAGCAUUGCUUAGUAAAGGGAAGGAAGGGAAGGGAGUUUUGUAUGGUGGUAUAAUUUAACUAAAUGUAUACGUAGUAGAGAUGGAUGUCUGAAUUAAAUAUCUAGCGUCAACGCGCUUGCUUGCGUUCCAUAUUACUGUAAGUCUGUUACGUCCACUGUCAUCUUUGACAGCUGACAUUGACGUGAAGAUUUCUUUUUUGUAUACUAAGCCAAGGCUCUAUCUAACUAGAGAUGUGUAACUGUGUUAAAUAUCUUGCGUUAACGCACUUGCGUACGUUCGAUAUUCCAUUUAAAUGUAUUACGUCAACUGUCAUCUUUGACAACUGACAUUGUCGUGAUGUUAUUUUUGUAUACUAAGCCAAGGCUCUAUGUUAUUAAUUAUGUGUAACUGUGUUAAAUAUCUUGCGUUUACGCGCAUUCGAUAUUACAUUUAAGUUUAUAACAUCAACUGCCAUCUUUGACACCUGACAUUAACAUCAUGCCAAAAUUUUAUGUUUACUACGUUUUUUAAAUGCGUUAAGAUUUUAAAAUUAUACACGAUGUGUGUCAUUUAAAUAAAAUGUCGGAACUGUCAGUAAUGGGCGCGUGACAUGCUGAAUCAAAUUGUUAUGUCUGAAUAUUGAAUUAAAUAUAAACAUAUUGAAAUAAUGAAUAUUCAAGCUUUUUAUUUUGUAAUUUAAGUUUUAGAAUACCUGCAAUGAAUUUAAGCAAUAUUUAUAAAACUAAAUCAAUCUAAUUGUACUUUUUCAAAUGUUUAUGUCUCUAUCUCUGAAAUUGUGUUUGUGUUGUGAUGAAAAGGGACAGUUGAGCAUUCAGAAUGAUUUAUUUUUGUGUAAGGCAAUAUAUACUGUACAAUAUAA